AUGAGUAGGGCGCCACGCAACGGAAUCGCCUUGCAGCGGCAUGCCACGUUGGAUAGAGGCGCGCCGUACCAACGACAGCGUCUCCCACCCGCUCCUCACAGCAGCGGCAUGUCGUUAACUGCGAGCGAAAACAACAGCCGUGGCCCCAGGCGUCUGACGUUUAACAACUUUGCCACAUUCAACGCACGAGAGAAGAAGUUACCGCCCGAUGCAAAUGCGAGGGCUGCCCCCAACACAAAGCUCUGGCAGCUACAGGAGCGAGCUUCAUUUUACUGCCAUAAAUGUCGAAGGGACAACAUCAUCUCGGACACCAUCGCCGUGGAUGCGGUGCACCAAUUGAUGCUUUGCACACGGUGCUUUAUUCGUAUUAUUCGACCUCGUUCUUACCGUCCAAGCCGUGUUGUGCCUUUUCCAUCCCUUCUUUCGUGGCUAAAUUACAAGCCCUCGAAGGUGAUGGAGAUGUCUGAAGACAUCGCCAGCCGCCCCGCCGAGGCCGUGGCGCCGUCAGGCGAGCGCGUCGCCAACCCAACCCUCGGUGGUGGUGAUCGGCCCACACACAUUCAAAAUCUCCCCGCUAUAGCAAUGAAAACAAUUCCCUCUGUACGUGGCGAUGUAGCGCCGACUGACAGAGGCCCAACAUUGGCCCGGCAGCAGGAUGAGAUCCAUCCAUGUUGCCGCGUGUGGGGACGUUGUAUACACGGUGAGACUUGCUUGUUUCGUCGUGCGCCUUACGAUUUAUGUCUUGGCUUUUUGAUGGGUUUGUGCCUUGGUGACGAGGAGAAAUGCCGGUUUUUACACCAGCAUGUUUUCAGUCUGCCGAAUGCGGCUGAUCCGGUGCCUGCGGAACGUCGAGCGGAGGAUUUGGAAGACGCGGAGAGUGCGUGGGGCAAAUGGAUUGCACGCCGGAAGAAUAGUCCGAAUUCGGCAGAGUGGCAGCUGUGGCACAACGGGCCGGUGCAGGACCUCCUCGACGCGUACGCCCCCGUGACAUCUGAGAAGGAGGAGGAACAAAAAGAAGCACGGAGCGGUGGGAAACCGGCUAUCAAACUCAACUUCGCUGACAUUUCUGCGGCCCUUCAGGGGCUUAAGCAAUAA